AGCUCUGUGUGCCGUGGGCAGCGUGUGUCAGGUUUCACUCUGAAGAGAGACACUCAAGAGCGCAGCAGUCACAGAAACCCGUCAAAUGGCACGACUUAACAGCACGGACAGCCCUUACUGAACGCUCUCUAUAUGCACUUCAGUCAGCAGUAUGCCCCUGGUGAAGACUGAGAUUUUCAGAUGAGAAGUGCUUAUGCGUCAGUGAACCUUUAAUUGCUUGAAAGACGACUUUUUAUCACCUUAUUUGAACCACGAGCCUGCUUAGCCCGAUAAAGUUGUGGAUAAAGAUAAACAUAAACUACGGCUCACAUACAUGGAGGAGAUGAAGUCGAGAGUAUCGCUGCCGUCCAGUCAAGGGAGGACUUGCGUUGAGCAUCCUUGCCAAAAGCGCCUUUGGACAAACCGCAAGGACCUUUGCGGUAUAUUCGUGUGCAUCGCCCUGUGUUUGAUCUCGUUUGGAUUUUGCGUUUUGCUUUACCUGAAGACGUCGGAACUCCAGACUAGGGUACUCAGUUUGGAAAAUGAAAGAGAUCCAAGGGUCUCCAGUUGGAUCUCUGUCGAACAGGUGGAGCCCGUCCUCUGGAGUCGACUAGAUAAGAUUUUAGAUGAGAAAUUAGCAGCACGUCUACCGAAGGUCCGGACGGCCCGGGACGCACCCCACAGCUGUCUCUGUCCUCCAGGACCUCCAGGUCCACCUGGACGAGCUGGCUUUCCGGGAGCACCAGGGGAGCCGGGUCUGUCUAUCAUUGGCCCAAGAGGACCUCCUGGACAGCCUGGUACUAGAGGAUUUCCAGGUUUUCCGGGUCCCAUUGGCUUAGACGGGAAACCUGGACAGAAUGGUCCAAAGGGAGAUAUGGGUGCUCGUGGUCCUAAAGGAGUUCCAGGUGAACCUGGUCCAAAAGGAGAGAAGGGUGUGUGUGGUGACUAUACUCACAGGAAACGCCGUAUUGUCAACACCUGUGUUGGAGGACAUGCCACACAGGGCGAGACUGGAGCACAGGGACCACCGGGGCCUCCUGGCCCCCCAGGAAAUCCUGGACCUACAGGCACUAGUGGAUCCCCUGGUAAACCUGGAGAACCCGGCAAACCUGGAAAGGACCCAAGGAUGCUACCAGGGCUGAAGGGUGAGCCUGGUGUAUCUGGACAAAAGGGUGAUCGUGGUGAGGUGGGUCCAAGUGGACCUGAAGGCCCGAAGGGUCAUAAAGGAGAUCAAGGCCUUAAGGGAGAGAAAGGUGAACCCAGUGCUGCAGGAAAUGGCAUCAAAGGAGAACCAGGUGUCUCAGGACUGCCAGGACCAGUUGGACCCAAGGGUGAGAAAGGCGAUAAUGGCAUAAAGGGUGAACCUGGUCUGGAAGGUCCCUCUGGACCAAGGGGUCCACCCGGUCCUACAGGCGAGCCAGGAAAGACUUUGAUCAAUGAGAAUGAUAUUCGUAAUGUGCAUUCAAUGGGACCUCCUGGUCUACCAGGACCUCCAGGGGCUGCUGGCACUCCAGGUUUGAAGGGUGAUAUUGGACUGCCAGGUGCCCCUGGUCAUGAUGGCGAAAAGGGUCCACGGGGAAAGCCAGGAGAAACAGGACCCGUCGGCCCACCUGGACCAGAGGGGCCACGAGGAGAGGGAGGAGUUAUGGGCUUCUCUGGACCAAAAGGAGACAAGGGGGACAUGGGCCCUUCUGGAUCACCCGGUUUAGAUGGCCCUACAGGAGAAAAGGGGGUUUCAGGGCCCCCUGGUCCCAUUGGAUUGCCAGGCCCAAUGGGUCAGAAAGGUGAACUUGGAGAGAAAGGAGACAAAGCAGAGUUGGUCUACGGGCCUGCUGGGCCUCCAGGACCUGCUGGGCCAGUUGGGCCAUUGGGGCCUCCAGGUUUGUUAGGACCAAAGGGAGAGCCAGGAGUUGGUUUGAGAGGAGACAAGGGAUCACAUGGACAAAAGGGAGAUAAAGGAGACAGAGGCCAUCUCGGACUCCCUGGGGCUCAUGGUUUAGACGGCAAGCCUGGUCCAGUGGGUCUGAUAGGACCAGCUGGGGUUUCUGGGCCUGCAGGACCAAAAGGAGAAAUGGGGGAAAAGGGAGAUAUGGGAGUAGCAGGACCAAUAGGGCCUCAAGGCAUCCCUGGUUUAGUAGGACCAGCGGGAUUAAAAGGAAACCGGGGGGAGAGGGGCAAGAAGGGCAACAGGGGGGCCAAAGGGGAUAAGGGAGACCAGGGAGCCCCAGGAUUAGAUGCCCCGUGUCCGUUGGGCGAUGAUGGUCUGCCAGUACCAGGGUGUUGGAAUAAAGGUCAGAAUCCGUUCCAGCUUGCCAAGAAGUAACACUGCCAUGAGAUCCAUGUGGUUCUGACGAUUUCCUUCACAAAGCGACACAGAAACUUGAGGAGUUUUGGAAUAUCUUUGUGUUCGGGCCGCUCUGUGGUGGGUGUCUGUGGGAUGUUUUUUCUGCACAACCGACCUGUAGUAUGAAAGGCUUCACGGGGCGGCAGGCAUUAGCGGACUAGACUUUCAAGAAAUUUCAUCUUCAAUUCAAUUUUUCUGUUCAGACAGAAAAGCAAAGAUGCGGAAGUAGCAUUUUUCUUCAAGUUUUACACACUUCUUUCUCUUUUAUGUUAUUCACUAUGUGAAAGAAAACAUUUUAGCACAUUUUGUUCUUUUGUUAGUUCAAAUUGCAAUUAUUAUUAAUGUCUGUGAUCAGAGGAUUCAGUGCAGCUCAUUGAACAUGCCGCGAUGUGUGUUUCCAAACAAACCAAAGAGAUGAUUCCUGAUUCAAACUUUCACUGCCGUCUGUCGAGAGUUGCAUGUAGAAUGCAAUCUCACACAUUUCUGCUCAUAUUUGAUAUUUAUUAAGUAUGUAAACGAUGGUAAUGCUUCUACUGUGAGCUCAGUGCAGUGCUUUUGUGCAAGCAUAGAUAUAUCAGAAUUAUGUUUAUGCAACAUAAUGGUUCUUUGUCACAUACAUGUAUAUCAAUAUACGAAGUGAUUUAGCCAAAUAUGAAUGUAUAUAAAUAAAAAAAGCAAGUAUAACAACAACUAAACAGUAAAUAUUAAAGACCAUCUGUAUCUAAUUUAAAUUGCUCAAUGCAAUUUAAUAUAGACGGUUUCAGGGGCAACUUCUGGUAGACCUCCACAAAGAAUCAAUAAGAGUAGUUUUUAAAUAAUUUAUUACCAUUAAUAUGCAAUCAAAUAUGAAUAUGAUUAAUAUUCAUAUUCAUAUUAAUUCAAUAGAAAACAAAUUGUUAUAUUAUAACCACACAGAAAUUAACUAAAGCCCAGCGUGUCCGUUGAAACUGUAUGGAAUAAUCUUAAUAAUAAAAAUUAAAAAAACAUUUGCAAGAUGGGCAUUGAGGUUACAACAUAGUGUAACAUGUUAGUGCUGUAAAUAGCUUUAAGAUGCAAAUAUUAAUGUAUGUUUUUAGCAAACCCAUUGAAGCACAGAACUGAUCACAAACCUUGGGAGUGUAUGUAGGAUCGCCAAGAAAUACAUUUAAACUGGAAAAUACAUUUGUACUUUUUAUUUAUUGUUGGUUUAGCACUCGUGUAACAAUCACAAAAGUAUUUGUUUAUAGUAACUUGUUUGGGUGAUUAUCAUAAAACAAAACCUUUUUUGUUGUAAAAAUAUAUUCCACUUCAUGUAAGGCAAGGGCUGAGCAGAUUCUUGUUUGUAUGCUCUUUUCAGCAUCUUUGGACAAUUUAUGUUUUUUUUGGCUGUCCAAUAUGAAAGUUAUCCCAUCGACAUUACACAGAACUGCUAUGGUGUGUCAUUAUUAUUCAGUAUUCAGUAUUAUUAUGAUAAUACCAGGAUUUAAGAAAACAAUUUAUUUUAAUUAUGAAAUAUUUCAUUUAAUACCAGCAGCUAUGUUCUUUAGUUUUCCUUUUCAAAAACCUUUUCAUUUGUUACCUAAUGCAAGCAUUCCUUAUGUUUUUGACAUCUGUUUUAAGACUUGUGUAUAUUAUUAACCCAAUUGAAAUGUAAAGUUUUUUUCAAAUCUGCAAAUCUAAAUAUGUUAAAGCAAUAUUUGUUCCUAUUUAUCUGGUUCAAGUCUAAAAAACAUUUGUAUGUUCUCAUUAAUGAUGGACAGUUGUUUUGAUUUGAUGUUAAGGGCUUAAUCACAAGUAAUAUUUAACUUUAACUGACAUAUUGCAACGAAAAAAAAGUUGAAAUAUGUCUUUGAAACCUCGACUAUAAAAACAACAAGAAACUGUAAAAAAUGCAUUUAAACUGUAUUUCUCUUCUUAACUGUAGAGAAACUGUAUAUUUAUCUUUCUUUUGGUAAUAUAAUUAAUCAGUUUUAGUGCAAAUGUGACCCAAUUUACGAAAACCAGGCUAAAGUCUCAAAAUCUAUAAUGAGAUAAUGAGCAUCAAAGUUUGAUUUCAACAAUUAAUUUCACUAUAAUUUUCAUAUUUGACAUGACUUUACUCUGUCAGUAUUUAAAAUAUCAAGGUUAUAUUUUAAUAUAAAGUUCUUACAUUAUGUAAAAUGAUUUCAUGUAAAAAAUGGUAAAUCACAAAAAAAUACUUAAGCUUGGUUUUUACAGACUGGGUCACACAUUUUUUCAUUUUGGAACCACUGUUACAAAGGAGCAGAGUGCUCAAGAGAUGUAUUCAGAGCACUCUGUAUUAUAAUAGCAUUAGGUGGUUUGUUUCAAACUUGGGGCAUGUUAUGAUGUGAUUUUCCUUUACUUGUAUGCACGUUUUUCUGUGUCAUUUUGCGACAGUUUGUGACAUUUUUCAUGCCUUGAACAAUAAUAUGACAUUUGUACUGUACAUCAUUUUCUACACAGAACAAUUCCCUUUUGAGAAAAUAUGUCUUGGUUUUGUUUUUUGUUCCUCUGUACAGUGUACUCUUCAAGAAGUAUGUGACGCCCUCAUGCAAAUAUCCUGAAUCAAAUCAGUGACGUUUUUUAAAUCCUAGGAAUUACAGUUUUUUUCAACAUUUUGCAAAUGCAAUUCAGGUGUUUUAACUUUUAUGAAGAGUGCACUUUUAAAACAGCUAUUUGAAACCAGCUGUUAACACACCACAUUAGCCAGUUAUAAUUUUUGAUGCCAGUUCAUGUUGGAUCAUUCUGAUCUGUCCAUCACUCACUGCCUGUAUGAGCGCUCCUGACCUAUACUGCUCAGUGCUCACUUUAUAACAUAUUUACUUCUAGGUUAGAUACAGCAGUUGUCUUCUACCAGAACACAUUUCUAUCUUUACUAUGUUGUUGUACUACGACAGUACAUGUAAUAAAUGGGUAAGAGGGCAUUUAUUUUUGUGCUUUUACAAGUGCAAAGAAAAUUUCAAUCACGCGCAUGGUUGAGGUACAGACCCCUUUGCAAGAUGUAAACUGAUCCAGCAUCACUUCCAUUUUCAUUUUUUAUAUUUUUAAAUCUCAUAUUUAAUUAAAGGUAAUCUUAAAUGUAUUUGUUAGACAUUUUGAUUUGGUUUUAAAUAUUUUGUUGGUUGAUUCAAACGUUUGUGGUAAACUGGAAGUUUUUUUUGGAUCAGAGUUGUUUACAUUUUCCGAAGUGGUCUACACGCGCCUACAUUUUAGGUAACAGUCUGACUAACACGUUACAGUCUUUUAACCACGUUUUUUUUAUGUAUUCUUUUAAUCCAGCGUUGAAUUAAGAUGUAAAAGUUUAUUAUUGAUGAUUGUGUAUAUGCUUCUGGAGACAACAACAUUAACUAUUGUUUUUUUCAUACUGACACUGUCUGUAACUUUUAUUCCCAACCUUUUGAUUAUUUUGCAUAAAAGACAUCAGAAUUGUGUCUGUGAAAUAAAGAAAUAACUGAAAUG